AUUUUCGGGUUUUUACGAUGAAAUUAGAGAACGUGAAGGAACAGACCCGGGUGACCUCCCUUGGGACGAGACACUGAAGGUAUUAUGGAAAAAUCCCACAGAAGACAGUCAAUAAAUGCAUACCCGGUAGAUAAAUCAAGAUAUAAGUCAACACUCAAGCCACGGUACGGUACCUAUACUGUACAAGGUGCUAAUUACCAAAAUUAGGUGCAGCACUACUGACUUUAAGAAGACAUGGAGUUGUUGAAAGAAGCAAAAAGUGUUGUUGACUUUGCAACUUAUUAUCCUCUUCUGAAUAAAGCAACAGUAGACAAUGACACUCCACUACCUGGGUACCUCUUUGAAGAGAUCAUCAAACUGAGUCACCAUUCUCCUGGACACCGACAACUUCUUGUUGACUUUCUCCUGACUCGCCUCCAAAGUGUAUCUUGGCCCGGUAAGCAAAAGAUAGUGCGCAUUCUCCAACAUGUGUGUUCUAGAGGGCAUCGUGGUGUUCGGGUUUACUUACGGGGUAAGGAUGGGGAACUUCGCAGAGUAACAGCAUCAGGUGGUCCACCAGACCCUGUGUUGGCCAACACCCCACAACUCUUCCUAAGUUCAGCUAUACAGGAGCUGCUGACACUACUAUUUGACCCUAGAACCAUGAAGGAAGAUGAAAUAUGGAUGGCAGGUAAAGAGAAUGGUGAAGAAACUACCAAAAGCAGUCAGCAGUCAUCCUUUUCUCAAGGGUAUGGGUCACAGGCUUCAAAAGGAAAAUAUGAAGGGUUUGGCAGCUCACCAAUUAAUCAAGGUGACAAUCUGGUAAAUCAGGUACGUGGAAUUGUGGAGCGCGUUAUGUCUCCCUCUGGAGACACCAAGAAAUUGGGUUUGGACUUCCUCCAAGGUGAAAAAGGAGACUACCAACCACUCUCUCUACCAUCUAUUGGCUCAUCAGUACCCUGUUUACCACAGUCAAGCUCACAUCUUCACAUACCAGUUUUGUCCACAUCUCAUCCAACCAAGUAUAAAGCACACAGAGCAGGUCGGGCUGGAGGUGGCUGGGAAAGUGAUGAAGAUGCACAAGAAGCUUCUACUUCACCUCUAAAUUCCGAGAUCGACCUUCCCAUUGGAUUAGCUGACCACCACCCAAGUGAAGAACAAGUAGCUGGAGUAAUUGAGGAAGAAUUUCUCAACUGUGUUGUUGAUCCAAAAAUAACAUGGCCAUUGGACCAUGAUAGACUUGUGGAACUUUGCCAGAAAUGUACAGUUUUUGAUAUUACAUUGUUAUUAGGAAAAAUUGAUGAAAAGGUUGCAGUUUUGAUUAAUAGUUUACAUUAUCUCGAAGUUUCCCAGGCUGCUGUUUCUCAAGAUGGACCAGAUGGGUCUCAGGUGACUAUUGACAGUGAAGACAAGCUUGAACUUAAUUUUUCAUCUACAAAAAUCCUCACUGAUAAUGUUACAUUACCGACAAGUAAUUUGAGUUUUGCAACAACAAGGUUGCUUAUUCUUCUUCUGCUUGUGGAAUUUGGUAUUCAUUAUGAUAUAUUACCCCCAAAUUUGGUUAAUAAUCUCUUUGGGAAAACUUUGCAAAACCUCCAUGAAAAUUGUAGUUUACAGUCAAUAGUUCGUACAAAGGCAAAGAAGCUGUCACUCAUUACCUGUAAAUUUAUAUAAAUUAUGUGAAAUAACUUUUUUUGUGGCCUACAAUCCUUUGUUGAGUGACCUGUGAGAUACCAACACAUUAAACAUCCAUGACAGAACCUGCUAGAUGUUAUAGGUUAUGAUGGUUCUGUGACACGAAUAACACAGUUGCUGCAAAGGACCCCUUUACCCAGUCAUGCCAAAAACCUCAUCACCCCUUAUUAUGCUGCAACACCUCUUUACCCAGUUGUGCCAAGAACCUCAUAACCCCUUAUGAUGCAGCAUCUCCUCUUUACUCAGUCAUACCAAGAGCCUCUUAACCCCUUAUGAUGAGGCACUAUAUCGAAUUAGUGAGGGUUCAUAUUUCUUAAGCACUCGUGCCUUCUAACAGAGCUGUCUCACUUCUGUCUUCAUCAUUCUCUUUCUAAUAUUUUUUCCACUCUUUCAGCCCUCACCAUUGUGCCCAUUUCUCCUAUGAAUUCCACUUCAUCACUUAAAUUAUCCAUGAAUGUUAGAACUCCCUCUGGUGUAUAAUAUUUAAUUUUCCUUGCUACCUUAUGUGGCAGUGCAGGAGCAAUUCAGGGGUGGGGGAGGGUCGUAAAUUUGAAGAAUGUGGAUCUUUCAUGGUGACAAAGCCAGUACAGUACACCUGUAUUGAGGCUCUGUGGGAGCAACCAGGAUAUAUGCAGGGAAUGGCCAUUAUCUCUGGACAGUUCUAACUAUGACAAAAUAUGAGAUUCCACAAUUGGGGGAUAUUUUUCCGAAUUUGAGGGAUGAUGUAAUGGGCAAUUUCUGGAACUUCCGAGAAAACUUUUUCCGUUACCUGCAUUUGUCAGUCAGAGGGGGGAAGGUCCACAUCAUGUUUUUUGUUCUCUUUCAAAUUGCCAUAGAACCCUGUAAUAUGUAAAAUUAAUAUAUCAAAUGUGGCACUUGAUUAUAUUAAAAAUACAGUAAGAUUGUCAAUGAAAUGUGACAUUGAUGAUAUGAAGAAAUGAGAGGAAAAAAUUGACUUGAGAACCUCACUCCUGCCCCCCUGCUGUCUGGAACCAUCACCAACCCUUUCUCCUAUUAGGAACCCUAUCUGCUAUGACUUGAAAAUAAGAAUCUCUUUAUGCAGUGUAUAUAUAUAUAUAUAUAUAUAUAUAUAUAUAUAUAUAUAUAUAUAUAUAUAUAUAUAUAUAUAUAUAUAUAUAUAUAUAUAUAUAUAUAUAUAUAUAUAUAUAUAUAUAUAUAUAUAUAACGGGAUAACAGUUCAAAACUGGAGAUGUAUUUCCUUGAUCUGCAGACCUCAGAGAAUCUGAUGAGCAUGUUAAAAUUAUUAUCAGUUUUGUAUUUUAGAUUCUCAUUAAUCUUGUUAGCAUAACCUGUGGACUGUAGAAAACUAUGAAAUUCAAAUUCAAAUCAUUUACAUUAUUGACAAAUGCAUCAAAAGGUGCUGGUUAGCAUGCUAAUUAGCCCGCCCAAAACUAAUCUUAACAAGAGCUCUUUAAUAUUGUACGUAAUCAUAAAUCAGAUAUGUAUACAACAAAUAAAUAUGCAUAAAAUC